UUUGAUUCAUUUCAUCGUCAAAUGUAGAGACGGAAAAGGUCCUGUCCCUCUGAACUGGGAUUGGUCGAAGGAGUCUUGCGCUUUUCCAUUAAAUCCUGAUGAUAAGCUGAUUACGCUGCUCAGAGUCAAGCGACUGCUCCGUCCAUCUCUCUGGGCUCACAGGAAAAUAUAUCAACAAUGACCGGUGUGAAAAAGGGAUAUUAAUACAUCUGAAACUCAUAUAUACGGAUCUAUCUGCUGAAAGGAGAAUGUGAAACUCGGGGAAAACGAAGCUCGGGCCGUCAUGGAGGAGAGUAAAAAUAUCUCAACUAAUCUGAUUACGAGGGAACUCUAGAAAUACCCCCUCUCUGCCCCCCAUCCCUGCCCUCCUGCCCUCCUGCCCUCCUAGCCGUAGCUCAGCACCACUCCACUACACCACCAACACCACCACCACCACCGCCUCAGUAAAAUGGCGGUCUUAAAGGUGACCUUCACUAAGACGAGUCGAGACAACCUGGCCCAGGCUCUGUGGGUACUGAACUGGGUCUCGGUGAUUACGGGCCUCGUUCUCUUCAGCUUGGGCAUUUUCUUAAAAGUGGAGAUCCAAAAAAGACGAGAGUUGAUGACCGAUGAGAUCCAUUCCGUGCCGAACAUGCUGAUCACCGUGGGUCUCGCCGCCUGCGGCAUCAACUACCUGGGCGGAAAGAUCUGCUACGACUGCGUGGAUGCCGACAAGUUCCUGUACUGGAAGCUCCUCAUGCUGCCCUACAUCAUCUGUACCUUCUUCUUCACCUUCUGCAUCCUGGUAGGAGCUCUGAUGUGCUACACCAUGCGCAGAGACCUGGAGACCGCUCUGUUUUCAGGUUUGCGGGACGCCAUGAGAUACUACAAGGACACGGACAUGCCUGGACGCUGUUACAUCAAACAGAGCCUAGAUCUCCUGCAGAUGCAGUUCCAGUGCUGUGGAAAUGAUGGGUUUAGAGACUGGUUCCACAUCCAGUGGGUCAGUAACCAGUACCUGGACAUGACCAGCAGUGAGGUGAUGGAUCGUCAGAGGAGCAACGUGGAAGGGAAGUACCUCUUGGACGGAGUGCCCUUUAGCUGCUGUAACCUGUACUCUCCUCGACCCUGCAUCCAGCACCACCUCACCAACAGCUCUGCACACUACAACUAUGACGACCAGACUGAGGAACUGAACCUGAACCAGAAGGGCUGCAGACACGCCCUGCUGGAUUACUACACCCACAUCAUGCAGUCCAUCGGCUUCAUCGUCCUCAUCAUCUGGCUCUUCGAGCUAGCUGUCCUCACAGGAGUCCGUUACCUGCAGACCUCCAUGGAGAACGUUCUGAAGUUAGGAAACCCUGAGUGUGAGUCAGAAGGCUGGAUUCUGGAGAACAGCAUCGCUGAGACGGCUCGCUAUAACUUCAACAUCAUCAAGAACCUGGGGAAGUGUUACCAGGUGGACGACGAUCCCAACAUCGACGUCCCGAGCAGCGGAGGAAACGUCCCCACUCGGCAAAUCCCAGUGGUCAGCUAGCCAAAAUUCACGGCCAAACUGUUAAAGGCAGACUGAGAUCCAUGGUGAUUUUAGGAUGUCUCUGAGAAUCUCCGUCAUCUGAAGUUAAGGUUCUGAGGUGGAAAAGUCGCCUAGUGCCAUAACGAAGAGACGAUUUUUGAGAAAUGAGAAUGAGAGAAUUUGUUGCACUUAAACUUGUGUAAAAAACCUCAACUGCCUUCUCAUAACUGUAAACAUUACACUCUUAGAAUCCAUCUGAGUUCCUCACGAUCUUAAUACAAGCAUUAUGCUUAAUGACCUUCUUAUGUAGCUCCUGAUUAUGAUUUAUCACGAAUAAAUACUCAAUAAUCCAGGACUUUAAGGGUUAGUGAAGCUAGACAUCAGGGCACAGCAUUUAUCACAAUAGAU